ACAUCUCUAUGUUCUCUUACACUACACCACCCUUCAAUACUCUCUAGCUCUCUCAUACUCGUUUCUACGAUCCGUGGUUGGUUUCAUCUGGUUUCUCCCAAAAUGCUGGCACGCCUCGCCGCAAAUCGUUUCAACGAGAUCCGUCAGAUUUUCCGUCAGCCAUCGAGGGCUUUCUCAACCGCUCUGAACUAUCACCUUGACUCUCCAGACAACAACCCCAACCUUCCUUGGGAAUUCAACGAUGCUAACAAACAAAAGGUUAAGGAGAUUUUAUCUCACUAUCCAUCCAACUAUAAGCAAUCUGCAGUGAUCCCUCUGCUGGAUCUUGCCCAGCAGCAGCAUGGAGGCUGGCUUCCUGUUUCUGCAAUGAAUGCGGUGGCUAAGGUUGUAGAGGUUGCUCCUAUUAGGGUAUACGAAGUUGCCACAUUUUACUCAAUGUUCAAUCGAUCUAAGGUUGGCAAGUAUCAUCUAUUGGUCUGUGGAACAACACCUUGCAUGAUACGAGGUUCACGAGAAAUUGAAGAAGCUUUAUUGAAACACUUGGGAGUGAAACGAAAUGAAGUAACAAAAGAUGGUUUCUUUUCUGUUGGAGAAAUGGAAUGCAUGGGAUGUUGUGUGAAUGCUCCAAUGAUUACAGUGGCUGAUUACUCUAAUGGAUCAGAAGGAUAUACUUAUAAUUACUAUGAAGAUGUAACCCCGGAGAAAGUAGUUGAGAUAGUGGAAAAGCUGAGAAAGGGCGAGAAGCCACCGCACGGUACACAAAAUCCACGGCGGAUUAUGAGUGGACCUGAAGGGGGGAAUACAACAUUGUUAGGUGAGCCCAAACCUCCUCCAUGCCGUGACCUGGAUUCGUGCUGAAGUGUGAUACCUUUUUUGCCUUCAAUAAUGUGUGAGGCUUGCACAUUUUCAAGCUUGCCUUAAUUGGAAUAUUAUCAAAUUGUAUGCUCAACCAAUUUUUGUAUUAACCUAUCAGGAUGGCUUCCUAUUAAAAUACCCGCUCCAUAAAACGCCACAAUUCUCUUGGCUUGUUUAUUGCUACUACUUCAGUGUUAUCUAUGUUUUUCUGUACUCUGUACAUUAGUUAAUCAUCAUGAAUGAAAUGAAAUUUGAGAUUACCCUGGCA